AUGGCGCUUGGCCAGAAACACCUCUGCCUCCUCCUCGUCCAGCCGUCCAUCGUCACUCUGCUACACUCACCCUGCAAAUCGCUCUUCGAACAGGACAAGACGUUCGCGUCUGCUCACGGAGUCGAUUUGGAUGCGAUCUCUUCGCGUCUCUCUCCGCUGCUAGCCUUGGAUCCCUAUCAGCGCAUUCGCCUGAUCAACUGGAUACGAAAGAGGUAUAAACCCGCGCCGUCUGAAGUUCUAGCCUUGAAGGGACACGAAUCCCUAUUUGCCUCAGACGAGUACCUCAUUCCUGUUAUCGAGGACGAUCCUCUUCUCCAUCUAGAAGACGCGAAGCGACGCAUCCGCGCCCUUGGGCGCAAGCUGCAGAAGGCGCGCCAGGACUUCGUCGACUACCGCGCAUUCGUCGGCGAACGCCUCGGGCGCUCGGGCGUCGUGGAAGCACUCGCAGAGCCCGCCGCGUCCACCUCCACACACAUCGCUACGCCCCUCCGGGACGACGACUCACACUACUUUCAGAGCUAUGGCGAGAACGAUAUCCACGCGGUCAUGAUCCAAGACAAGGUGCGCACCGCGACGUACGCGCAGUUCAUCCAGUCGAGUCCAGAGCUCUUCCACGACGCGGUCGUGCUCGAUGUCGGCUGCGGGACGGGCAUCCUUUCGCUCUUCGCCGCGCGCGCAGGUGCGCGGCGUGUCAUCGCUGUAGACGCUAGCCCUGUCGUAGAGAAAGCGCAGCAGAUCGUGCGGGACAACGGCCUCGAGGAUGUGAUCACUGUCGUGCGCGGGCGGGUCGAGGACAUACAGCUGCCUGAAGGUGUGGAGAGCGUGGACGUGAUCGUCUCGGAGUGGAUGGGCUAUGGGCUGUUGUAUGAGAGCAUGCUGGACUCGGUGCUUCACGCGCGGGAUCGGUUCUUGAAGAAGGAGGGCGGCGUGAUGGCGCCGAGUCAGUGUAAGAUGCAGCUGUGCCUGUGUGAGGGAGGUGAGAUCUUCAAAGAGCGAAUCGGCUUCUGGAGCGAUGUCUAUGGCUUCGACUUGUCCGCGAUGGGAACGAACGUAUACGAAGACGCGAUCGUAGACGUCGUCGGCCCAGAGGCGGUCCUCAGCGAGCCAUGUACCGUCAAGGACCUCCACCUCGCCAGCAUCACCCCAAAACAACUCGACUUCUCCGCACCCUUCACGCUCACGGCCACCUCCCUGCAGCGCACGAAGGCGUACGCGCUCACCCUCUACUUCGAUACCUUCUUCACUGCGGACGGCGCGCCCGCCCCGCCGGACGCCCCGGUGCACGUCGUGCGCGACGGCGACCCGAUACUUGCGGAGGUCUGGCCGCUCGGCUGGCGGCCGCACACAGGGCGGCGGAUGAGCUCUGGGCAGGGUCUGAAAAACGGCGAGCCGGCGAAGCGGCGGGUGACGAGCUUUACCACCGGCCCCGCGAGCGUGCCGACGCACUGGAAACAGACGAUCUUCUUGCUGAGGGAGCCGAUCACGGUGCAUGAAGGCACGGUGGUCCAGGGGACGUUCAAGUGCCACAAGUCGACGGAUAACUCACGAGAGUUGGACGUGGAGAUUCACUACACGGUGAAGGACCCUGACGAAGCGCAAGCACCGGGAAAGGUGGUGGUGCAGUUGUACAAGGUGCGGUAACUCGUGGAGGCGGUCUGUUUGACGCGACGGACGGGGGAAACCCGAAUCGUGAAGGAAGGCAUAUAUUAUUGUAUCAGGUAUCAUUGAAAAAUGUACGUGAACGCAUAAUCCAAACAGCUGCAGUAAUCAAUACAUUUUUGCAUGGCC